AUGUCACCCCCAGACGUCUUCGGCAGCAGAUUGCUGCGAGAUAUACACCUAUACAACAUGCCGCUCGCGCCCGCUCUCCUUCAGUUAUCCCAGAAACACUGGGAGCCUGGUCGAGCCCUGCUGGAUCGACUACCUCCCGUUUGCAACCUUCAGGUGCGCACAUUGAUGCGUUUGUCUGCCUCGCCUGCACCCACCAAUCCGUUCGCUUCGCUUGCGCGCCCACGACCAUCUGCCUCGCCAGCGCGCCAGCGUCCAUCUGCCUCGCCUGCAUCUGCUAAUCCAUUCGCUUUUCCCGCACGCCCUUUCCCCGCACGCCCACGUUUGUCUGCCUCAUCAGCACCCCUGCAUCUGUCUGCCUCAGCUGCGCACUUGCGCCCAUUUCCUUCCCCUGUUCCCUUGCGUGCGCUACCAUCGCCUGCGCGCCUGCGUCCGUUCACGUCGCCUGCUCGCCGCCCGAAUCCGGUCACUUCCCCUGCUCGCCGCCCGAAUCCGGUCACUUCCCCUGCACGCCGUGCAAAUAUGUUUGCGUCACCUGCACGCCCAUGCUUGUCUGCCUCGCCUGGGCCCACUCGUCCGUUCACUGUGCCUCAGGCUGCGCACCCGUGUCCAUCUAUCUUGCCUACACAUCAGUCCGCCUCGCCUCCGCGCCCACGUCCGUUGGCGUCACCUGUGUGCCCACGUCUGUCUGGCUUGGAAGUCGAGACCGAGGAGACGAGCGAGGAAGUCGGCUCAGAAGUUGAGACCGAGGAGAUGAGUGCGGAAGUCGAGACCGAGGAGAUGAGUGCACCAGGCCACCGCAUGAGAACACCUGAGACCCAGGAUGUUAUAGGUUUAUGGUGUGCGAUGACUGGCCGCGAAAGGCCCGGUCUUGAUUUCAGUGGGGCCGACGAGGAUUAUGCAGACACAGAGCUAUUCGACUUCAUUGAUGAUCUCGUACGUCCAUAG